AUGGCCGCACGGAGCGGAGCGCUCGUUCAGCGGGGCGGGUUCGGCUCCGCCCGGCCCGGUGGGUCCCGGCUCGGUCCGUGCCCACCCGCGGGCACGGCCGCGGUGCCCACGCCGCGCGUGGAGCGUGUCCCGCGCCCGCGGGGCGGCUCUCGGUGCCGCAACCCCCGGCUCUCCCUGAACCGUCCGGGACGGAACGAAAGCCGCCCCGCGCCGCUGUCCCCGCGGUCCCGUCACCGCGGCCGGGACUCGCCGUGCGCCCGUGGGUCGCCGCGGUUGUCGCCGUGCCGGGCACGGUGCGGACAGAGCUCCGUGCGCUCUGCACCCUCCGUGGGCAGCGGGACCCGACCCCGGGACCACCCACGCUCCCCUCCUGCGCGUCACCCGCGGCGUGUCGCGCCCGGGGGUCGCCGCGUCGGGCAGGGUGCGGACAGCGCUCGGUGGGCGCUGCACCCCGGAGGGCAGCGGGACCCCGGCGGGACCCCGGCCCGGCCCAACCCCGGCCCGGCCCAACCCCGGCCCGGCCCGGCCCCGGCCCGGCCCGGCCCGGCCCGGCCCGGCUCGGCUCGUCCCGCGUGGGCGCUCCCGGCGCGCCGCAUCGAUGGCUCGGCGCUCGCUGCGGCCGCCUGGCCGCGCUCGGCGGUGGAUUGGCGCUGCCUGCCCGCCGCCCCAGAAGGCGCUGGGCUCGAACCGGGGCCGCGGCCGCUCCGCCAGGCGCUCCCCGGUGGAUCUGGAGCUGCUGCCCCGGUGACCGAGGUGUCGGAGAUGGGCCGGCGCUCCUCGGACACGGAGGAGGAGGGCAGGAGCAGGAGGAAGAAGAAGCACCGGCGGCGCUCCUCCUCCAGCAGCUCCUCGGACAGCCGCGCCUACAGCCGCAAAAAGUCGGGCAGGAAAUCCAGGUCCAGGUCGCGCUCUCGGGACCUCCCGUCCUGGUCCCAUUCCUAUGAGAAAAGGCGCAGACACAGAUCCAGCAGCAGCUCUUCCUACGGCUCCAGGAGGAAGCGCAGCCGCUCCCGAGGCAGAGGCAAAUCCUACAGGUCCCAAAGGUCCAGGUCCAAGAGCAGGACCAGGAGGUCGCGCCAGCGCUCGUACAGCCGCAGCAGCGAGAGGUCCGGCCACAGGAGAACCCCCAGCGGGUCCCGGGAGCGCCGCAGGGCCAGGGACAAGGCCAAGGACAAGGACAAGGGCAAAGGGAAGGACAAGGAGAGCCACGGCACCAAGGCUGGGGACUCUGCAAACAUCAAAGCUGGAUUAGAACAUCUGACUCCUGCUGAACAGGCCAAAGCCAGGCUGCAGCUGGUGCUGGAGGCAGCUGCCAAAGCAGACGAAGCGUUGAAGGCCAAGGAGAGAAGUGAAGAAGAAGCCAAGAGGAAGAAGGAAGAAGACCAAGCCACCCUCCUGGACCAGGUGAAGCGAGUGAAGGAGAUCGAGGCCAUCGAGAGCGACGCCUUCGUCCCACAGACCUUCAGGUCCAGCAAAGAUGUCAAAAAGUCAGCAGAACCUGCUGAGCCCCAGCAGGAGCCUGUGAAUGUGGGAGCAGGAGCCCCUGAGGCAGCUGCUGCUGAGAAGGAGCCUCCAGCUGCCAGCAUUCCCACUGCCAUCAAGUACCAGGAUGACAAUUCCUUGGCACAUCCAAAUCUGUUCAUGGAGAAGGCAGAGGCUGAGCAGAGGUGGUUCCAGAGGCUGGUUGCUCUGCGCCAGGAGCGGCUGAUGGGGAGCCCCGUGGCCUGACAGCUCCCAGGGCCAGCCCUGCCCCCUGCAGCUCCCACUGCCAGCUCUUCUUGUCUCUCAGAGAUUGGAGUGAGCUGGGCAGGCAGGGAGGGUUUCUCCUGGAUAACCAGGAAUCUUCUGUCCUGCUCCACCUGGAGAAUCAAGAAUGGCCUGCCCUGCUCUGCCUGGAUAACUGGGAGUGUUCUCUCCUGGUUCCCCUGGAUAACCAGGAGUGUUCUGUCCUGGUUCCCCUGGAUAACCAGGAAUGGCCUGCCCUGCUCUGCCUGGAUAACUGGGAAUGUUCUGUCCUGGUUCCUCUGAAUAACCAGGAAUGUUCUGCCCUGCUCUGCCUGGAUAACCAGGAGUGUUCUCUCCUGGUUCCCUUGAAUAACCAGGAGUGUUCUGCUUUGGUUCCCCUGAAUAACCAGGAAUGUUCUGCCCUGCUCCAUCUGGAUAACCAGGAAUGUUCUCUCCUGGUUCCCUUGAAUAACCAGGAGUGUUCUGCUUUGAUUCCCCUGAAUAACCAGGGAUGUCCUGCCCUGCUCCCUGUGGAUAACCAGGGAUGUGCUGCCCUGGUUCUCUGCAGGCUCAGUGCUGGAGAUGGGCAGGGCAGCACAGCCAGGGGCUUUUCCUUCUUUUGGAGGGAAUUCCUCAGGUGAAGAGCACCUGGAAACACAUGAAAUAUCAUUUUAUCUCUCCCAAUCCAGAAAAUUGUGUAGAGCCAGGUAGGAGCUGGGAGGUGAGUGGGAACUGAGCCUGGGGGCUGGGACAGUGAGGAGCCAUCCCAGGCCACCCCAUGCCCUGCAGCUGGAGAGGAUCCAGGAUCCAUCCCUUUAUCCCUUCCUGCUGUGCAACCCUGAACAUCUGGGCAGGGAAUCCUCUCCCUGGAUGUGCUCAUCCCUCUGCUCCCACUGCCCCACUCUGGUGGAAAAUGCUCCACCAUGUUUCCUUGAGCAUCUGCCACUACUGCACCUCCAAGUGGGGAAUUGUAUCAGCCUCAUCAUCUCUGUAAUUGCCAAAUGAUGGAAUGACCACACGCCUGCUUCUGGGCAGUGCCUGGUCCCAGCCCGUGCAGCUCCCUUGGGCCAGGUGGGACUCUGAAAUAAUCAAAGUUUAGUCUGAACAUCUGAAUUUAGCCUGGAUGAGCUUCCACAAAAAUCUGCCCAUCAUCCAUCUAAGUGCAGGAAAUCAACCAAGCCAAAUCAAUAAAACACAAAAGUGUUUCUUCAGCAAAGCUGGGGGGAAAUGUCACAUCAGGAGAGGGGAAAACUGAGCCCACCCCUGGCUGUGCUCCCUGGAGCUGCCCUGCAUCAGCAUUCCCCUGGGGAGCUGCUUCUUGGGGUUGUUCUCCUGCUUCUCAGAUCUGUGGUGAUAAAAAACGGAGGCUGACUCUGCAAAUGGACUUGGGUUGUUUUAUUUUUUAUUUUAGAUCCUGGGUGUGAAAGGAAAAUGUAUUGAAUUUGCAUUCUGACACAUUUUUACUUCCUUUAUGAAGUGUUAGUUUGACUUUAUCCUGCAUCAAAAUAUUCCAAGACCUUGUCUGCAGGAGAAAGUGGGAAAAAUUUUGUUUCCCUUGUUUCAUUUCAGCAUUUUUAAAUAGUAAUAUUUGUCAUUGCUGCAUUUUAUCGUAACUUUUAUGUUUCUUUCAUAGAAAAUAAAAACUGUUUGAUGUCCAUGGAA